UAAACUGUUAAUCCAUCAGCUAAUCCAACAAGUGUCCGAUUUUGUAAGCUAUUCAUUGAAACGCUUUUACCCUUUAACCGGUAACCAUGUUUAGCUAAUUUACCUGAUCUUCCUCUGUUGGAAUUAUGGUUAAAAGAAAUUAAAAGUACAAUGUCCACAAAUGGAGAGUCGUCAUCAUCAUCUAACCUCAAUCACCUUCCUCUUGCUAUUCAGUCAUCAUUUGAUGUGAACAUCAAUCAACAACACGAUCAACAAUACGAUCCUAUUUUCUUGAUUGUGUUACCUAAUUGCGAUUUAUUUUCUUUCAAUUAAUUUGCUGUUUUCUAAUUGACUAAUAUUAAUUAUUGUUUUUUCUUCUAUUCUUUUCUCGUGUGUGACAAUUAUGCCUGAUUACACUGAAUCUUGUCGGGCCUGUACAAGCUUCAAAUCCUUCAUGAAAGCUCAUCAAGCUUCAGUUAAUGAUUCAGAAUCAAAGAAAUCGGAUUCCGAUUCUGGUGGUAAAUCUAAAAGCCAUAAAGACAAUUCAAACUCCAUCAAUUCAAUGGAUCAUGUUGAUUGUCCUGUUGAUAAAGAUGAUCUUGGUCGGGCCAGUUGGACGUUUUUACACACAAUGGCUGCUUAUUAUCCCGAUAAACCAACGGAUUAUCAAAGAUCAGAGAUGAAACAAUUUAUUGAUUUAUUUUCUAAAUUUUAUCCAUGCAGUCAUUGUGCUAAAGAUAUGAGAGAUGAUAUUAAGGUCGAUUCUAGGAAAUCCUUUUCUCUUUGGAUGUGUAAUCUUCACAAUAAAGUGAAUAAGAAAUUAAGUAAACCAUUAUUUGAUUGUUCCAACGUUGAUGAGAGAUGGUUAACUGGUCCACCCAAUGGAAAAUGUGAUUAAAUUAACCUGAUGCGAUCUAUUAGUUGAGUAGAUUGUUCAAAAUAUAGACAUUCAAUUGUAAUUGAGAUUCUCUUUUAAUAAAAUGUUUCUUUUAAUUGUCUAAAA